AAGACCAACGAGGUGGCAAAGGUGACAGCCGAACUUGAUAGCACCAUGACCAAGCUCGGGUGCUGCCAGAGAGAGAAGCAGUCCCUACAGGAGACGGUGUCUCAACUCACCGGGAACUAUGCAGGGCUACGAGCGGAACACUCGGCGAUGCAGCUGCUGCUUCAAAACGAGCAAGAGAAGUGUUUGCGGCUUGCAGAGUCUCUCCGCCAGAGCCAGGAACGGGAGGCAGAAAAGGACCAGCAGCUGCAGGACGCAGAGAUGAUGCGUCGUGACCUGCAUAACACGCUUCAAGAGUUGAAGGGAAACAUCCGCGUGUUCUGCCGGGUGCGGCCAAUGCUUCCCUCGGAGGAAAGGGAGGGCGAGCGUCCGAGCCACAUCUCGUUCCCAGACGAGAAGACUGUGGAGCUGGUUAAGCCAGACACGGAGAAGGUGAUGGCGUUCCCCUUCGACCGGGUCUUCCCGGGCUCCGCGACCCAAGCGGAGGUCUACGAGGAGGUGGCACACGUCGUACAGUCUGCGCUGGACGGCUACAACGUGUGCAUCUUCGCCUACGGCCAGACGGGAUCCGGGAAGACCUUCACUAUGGAGGGUCCGCCAGACCUGGACCUGGGCUGCCCAAACGACUCGCAGCUGGGGCUGAUCCCCAGGGCCCUCCAGCAGGUGUUCAUGUCGGCACAGGAGCUCCAAAACACCCAUCAGUGGGAGUUCACAAUGGUGGUGUCAUACCUGGAGAUCUACAACGAGAAUGUGCGAGACCUCCUGUCGACGCGCCCCCGGAGCAAGCAGACCGCCUGCCAGAUCAAGCAGGAGAAGGACGGCUCGAUGAUGGUGACCAACGCCACCAAAACAACUGUCACUUCUCCCGAGCAGAUCUACGAGCUGCUCCGGCGGGCUCGCAAGCAUCGGGCUGUCGGGUCCACCCAGUGCAACGAGCACUCCUCCCGCUCGCACUCGGUCUUCCAGCUCCGCAUCACGGGGACUAACCGCCGUACCGGUGUGGGCAGCCGAGGCCUGCUGAACCUGGUGGACCUGUGUGGCAGCGAUCGGCUAGACGAGUCCAAGGCAGAGGGUGCCAGGCUCCGGGAGACUCAGCACAUCAACCGCUCCCUCUCGAACCUGGGCAACGUCAUCCUGGCACUCUCCCAGAAGGCGGAACAUGUGCCAUACCGCAACUCCAAGUUGACCUUCCUCCUGAUGGACAGCCUGGGAGGGAACAGCAAGACCCUCAUGCUGCUCAACGUCUCUCCCCGUGAGAAGAACCUGGCAGAGACGAUCAACUCGCUGCGCUUUGCCACAACGGUGAACCAGUGCGACAUCGGGACAGCACAUCGGACUAUGCAGGCCUCAUCCCAUUAUUAAUGGCCUGCUGCCAUUUCAUCUUUUUAUCUAUUUUUGUAAACAGCCGGGUAAUGCCCAAUGGAUCAUCUUUUAACUAGCGUUUCAAUCUUUUUUUAGUCUAGUGCAUGUACAUACUGGCAGUUUUUAUGUAUAGUAUAUUUUUAUGGAUUUUAUGAAGUGUUACGUACUGUAACCUCAUGUACAUACUCAUUGUGUCGCGAUUUUAUGAAGUACCGAUUUUAUUUGACUUCCUGAGAUUCUCAUUUUUGCAAGGUUGGGCAGACACUUCAAGAUGGAUGUGUCUACUAGAUCUGUUCUUUCAGACACAUCCAUGU